GAUGCGGUGAUUCAGACUGAGAGCUGAUCGGAGGAGAACAUCAGCUCAGAAAAACAACAACAACAACAACAACAACGACAAUAAUCCGGUUGUUGAUCCGGAUCCAUCUCUCUGGUUCUCAGCAAACUUUCAUCUGAAGAUUUUAACUUUUUCUUCAGAAACUUUGAAGAUUUCUGUUCAGAGGCGGCCAUGAUGGCGGUCAUGUUGGCCACGCCCCCAGCGCCCAACGACUUCGACUCCAUGCAGCCGUGUUUCUUCCUGGGCGGAGACGAUGACGACGUCUUCCCCAGCCAGCUGCUCCCCGGUCCCGGCGAGGACAUCUGGAAGAAGUUUGAGCUCCUGCCGACGCCGCCCACGUCCCCCAGCCGGACCCCGACCCGUUCGGACCCACCGCUGUCCGCCGCCGACCACCUGGAGGCGCUGUCGGACCUGCUGGACGAGGAGCUCCGCCCCAGCGCCGCGCUGCAGUCCUUCAUCAUCCAGGACUGCAUGUGGAGCAGCAGCUUCGCCGCAGCCGCCAAGCUGGAGCGGGCCGUGUCCGAGCGGCUGGCGUGCCUCCGGGCCCGGCAGAACCCGACCGACACCAGCGGGCUGGCGGCUGGUUCUGAUGCACAGGACGAGACCGGGUACCUGCAGGAGCUGCAGGGUGGGGCAGCCGCGUGCAUCAACCCUUCUGAGGUCCUGCCCUUCACGCUGACGGGCCAGAACCAGAACCAGAACCAGAACCAGAACCAGAACCAGAACCAGAACCAGGACCAGAACCAGGACCAGAACCAGGACCAUGACAAUGGAGUGGCAGUGGAGGUCGGGUCAGAGUUGAGUCUGGAGACGCCGCCGCUCAGCAGCAGCGAAUCAGAGGAGGAAGAGGAGGAUGGUGAGGAAGAAGAGAUUGACGUGGUGACGGUGGACAGACGGAGGACGUCCCGUCGGUCCCCUCUGGUCCUCAAACGCUCCCUCAUCAACAUCCAGCAGCACAACUACGCCGCCCCGCAGCCUGCUGGGAAACGGCCCAGGACAACAGAGAGCGCCGCCAUGUCGCCGUUGGCGACGGCGAGGCAGAGGUGCGGCGGUCGGCGCUGCUGGAGCCCGCGGUCGGACAGCGAGGACGAGGACAGACGCAGGACUCACAACGUGCUGGAGCGUCAGCGGCGCAGCGAGCUGCGGCUCAGCCUGCUGGCGCUGAGGGAGCAGAUCCCGGCGCUGGCCGCCAACCACAAGGCGGCCAAGGUGGCCAUCCUGCAGGGGGCGACGGCGUUCAUCCGGGAGGCGCGGGCGGACGAGCGCAGGCUGAUGAAGAAGAAGGACGAGCUGACGAAGAGGAGCAGGGAGCUGCAGCGCCGCCUGGAGCGGCUCCAGACGCUACAUUAGCCGCUGAACGGCUGUUAGCUAGUUUCCAUGUUGGAAACGGAGGCGGAGUCAAAAUGACUGCAGGACAGAACCGGGUUCUAUCAGAACCGCCGGGUCAGAACUUUUAUUUAUUUACUCUAAUUUAACCUAGCUGUGUUUAAUUUGUCCUCCUGUUGUGAAAUGAUUUUAUUUUUAUAUUUUAUAGAAAUCAAAGAUGUCAAAAUAAAAGCCCUGCUUUCUCUGGACCAAAGGUUCUGUUUUGCUUCGACCCGUUUCCUCUGAACCGGGUCGGAUUUCUGAUGUCAUUCCUGAGGGAUGAACUCAGGAGUGAAUCCGAUCCGCUGAGCCGUUUCCUGGAAUUUAUUCCUCCGUAUGUUCCGGGUCGCUCCGCGGUCCAAUCAGACGUGUCCUCUGAGGUCCAGUUGGCCCGGUUCCUGUCAUUGUGUCAUCCAGGACCGUCUGACCUGGAAGCAGCGGCCCGGUCGGUUCUGGUUCUGUUCCCAAUGAAGUCGGAGGAAAAACUGGGUGAAAGUUCAGCUCCGGUCCGAUUAAAGUCCGGAUCCGGGACCCAGAACCUGGCCGGUUCUGGGUUCCUGGUCCGAAUCUCAGAGAUGAAGUCCAGGACUGAAACAGUUUCCUUCAUUCAGGGAGAAAUUAACCAUUUAACUGCUUUACUGACAGACCCCAGCAAUUCCCCUUCAAAAUAAAAGCAUCAGCUUUAUUUAUCUCACCAGAACCCAUCAGAACCAAAACGGCCCGGUUAGUAUUGGGCUGCAUUUGCUGCUAAAUCUGGACUCUGGCAGAACCGCAGCUUCUUCCUCCCUCCUGCCAAAAACAGUAAAACAGGAAGUGGUGGCAGGCGGGUCACACACACUGAGUCAGAACCUGAGUCAGAACCUGGGCCAGAACCUGGGCCAGAACCUGAGUCAGAACCUGGGCCAGAACCUGGGCCAGAACCUCGGUCCGGUCCGCUGACUCACAGUCCGGGUCUCCAGCUGGUUCUGCUGGUCCGGAUCCGUCAGCCGUGAGUCACGACUUUCCUCUUCCUGUUGGCUCUUGAUCCAGGUUCUGCUGAUCCAGAUCCAAACCUUCAGAACCAGAACCAGAACCAGAACCAGCUUCUUUAUGGAGCCAUAAAACAGUUUAUUGAAAUAUGUUCAGUCUGUUGGUUAAAAUCAGUUUUAUUACAGUUUCUUCUUCGUAAUUCUAUUUAAUUACAAAAGAUUAAAUUUAGAUAAAUUAUCUUGGUUUUUAAAAUCA